AUGAGACAUGUUCAAUCCACAGACUCAGACCUCCUCACUCCCUCAGAUCCACAGACUCAGACCUCCUCACUCCCUCAGAUCCAGAGACUCAGACUUCCUCACUCCCUCAGAUCCAGAGACUCAGACUUCCUCACUCCCUCAGAUCCAGAGACUCAGACUUCCUCACUCCCUCAGAUCCAGAGACUCAGACUUCCUCACUCCCUCAGAUCCAGAGACUCAGACUUCCUCACUCCCUCAGAUCCAGAGACUCAGACUUCCUCACUCCCUCAGAUCCACAGACUCAGACCUCCUCACUCCCUCAGAUCCACAGACUCGGACCUCCUCACUCCCUCAGAUCCACAGACUCAGACCUCCUCACUCCCUCAGAUCCACAGACUCAGACCUCCUCACUCCCUCAGAUCCACAGACUCAGACCUCCUCACUCCCUCGGACUCAGACCUCACUCCCUUAGACCCACAGAUCCAAACCUCCUCACUCCCUCAGAUCCUUGAGGUAUUUCCCAGGCAGGUAUGA